AUGGACCGCAGCGGCCCCGCAGGCAGCCCCCUGAACGACGAACCCACGCCCCCGACAGCCGCCACCCGAGACUCCAGUCCCAGGCGGACCGGGUCGGGCCCGGCGGGACCGGGAGGCGGCGGCGCACGCUCCGGGGGCGGGCGGCCGGCGGCAGCUAAUGCUGCUCGGGAGCGCAGCCGUGUGCAGACUCUGCGGCACGCUUUCCUGGAGCUGCAGCGCACGCUGCCAUCCGUGCCACCCGACACCAAGCUGUCCAAGCUGGACGUGCUGCUGCUGGCCACCACCUACAUCGCACACCUUACCCGCAGCUUGCAGGACGACGCCGAGGCGCCGGUGGACCCCGGGCUGGGCGCCCUACGGGGCGAUGGCUACCUGCAUCCUGUCAAGAAAUGGCCGAUGCGAUCAAGAUUGUACAUUGGUGCUACUGGCCAGUUUCUGAAGCAUUCUGUCUCUGGAGAGAAAACAAAUCAUGACAGUUUUCCAACAGACUCACAGCCUUAG